CAGGAGGAAGGAGUCAUCAGCCAAACCCUGCUGCGCCUCGGGCCUCGUGGGAGGGGCUUGGAGGGAACCCUGGCUGCUUGGCCCCUCCCUGAGCGGGGCAUAUCUGUGUGUUGUCCCUGGCGUGCUCAGAGCUCUCAGCUGGAUGGGACCAAAGCCUCAUCGGCCCACAGACUCGCAGAGAGGAGGGGAGGCAGGAGCUCCGUGGCAGAAAGCGGCUCUCCUCGCUCGGCUCUUUCCCUCCAUGAGGCACAGCGGGCCUCCUCUUCCUCGUCUGGACUGCGGAGGAGGUCGCCGGGGUCAACGUCUGGGGGGCUGCUGUUUGAGACCUGCGAGCGCUGGAACUGUACUGUGAACAUUAUGACUCUGCUGGGCUCUGAGCACUCCAUCCUCAUACGAAGAAAGUUCCGAUCAGUGUUACAGUUCAGACUUCAGCAGAGGAGGGCACGAGAGCAGCUGGCAGACCAGGGCAUCAUGCCUCUGAACCAUGGAAAGUUCCCAAAGCAGGAGGACUCGUACGCGUUUGAGGAGGACAGCAGCAGCGAGAGUCUGUCUCCAGAGCAUCCCCACAGUGACGAGUCUCAGGGCUCAGCCUGCCCUUCAUCGGAGCCUGUCGGCAGCACCGCCUCCUCCUCCUCCUCACCUGCUCUCACCAGCACACAACAGGGCGGAGCCGGCAGAGAUCCAGCUGAUCAAGAUCAGGAUGACAGUUUGUCUGCUGCCAACAACAGCCAGACGAGUCCCCCGGUACCAGCUUCCACGAUAGCCAAGUCCAAAACAUCAGACAAGAACCGACACAAAAAACCCAAAGAUGUGAAGCCGAAGGUGAAGAAGCUCAAGUACCACCAGUACAUUCCUCCCGAUCAGAAGGCAGAGAAGUCUCCGCCCCCUAUGGACUCGGCCUACGCCCGCCUCCUUCAGCAGCAGCAGCUCUUCCUGCAGCUGCAGAUCCUCAGCCAGCAGAAACACUCCCAGUCGCAGCAGCAGAAUGCUCUUACCCCGCAUGGCCACCAGAGGCAGCCCACCUUCAGCUACCAGCCACAUUCCCACUCGCAGAAAGGGACCAGCGAGCAGUUAUCAGCUUGUAACUCGGGCGGUCCAUCCACUAUAGCUGACAACAGCGGUUCCUCUCCGAUCAAGACCACGUAUCCAAACCAAAGCAGUGUCUCGCCUGUAAAACCGGGACCACUUCCAGCCAAUCUCGAUGACCUGAAAGUUUCCGAGCUCAGGCAGCACCUGCGCAUCCGUGGCAUGCCCGUCUCCGGCACAAAGACCGCCCUGAUUGAGCGGCUGCGACCCUUCAAGGACCUAAACGCAGAAGCGUCGCCCCCAGGGUCCUCCGACAUUACCACCUUGACCUUUCCUGUCACUCCCUCGGGGUCUCUAUGCUCCUACCAGUCCCCGUCCUCAUCCAGCACUCUGUCGCAGGGGGGGUACUACCCCUACCCCAGCACCUCCUCCACCCCACCCAUCUCUCCAGCAUCCUCGGAACUGUCUCUCAGCGGCUCACUACCAGACAGCUUCAGCGACGUCCCCAUGUCCUCGCCGACGCAGUUCGGCCUGCAGCCAUCCCCCGUGCAGUUCGGCAUGGAGGAUGGCCACGGGGGGGCGGGCAGUUCUGGUGGGGAGACGCAAAGGACGGGGGAGAGUGGAGACGGUGAAGGCGUGGAGGCUGACAAAGACAAGAUGCUGGUGGAGAAGCAGAAGGUGAUCGAGGAGUUGACGUGGAAGCUCCACCAGGAACAGAGACAGGUUGAGGAGUUGAAGAUGCAGCUUCACAAGAGGAAACGUUGCUAUGGAGCAACACGGGACGCCCUCCCCGCCCCGUCUCACCCCCCAAUGCUCCACCAGCAGCAGACCCCAUCCAUGAUGGGCCAACACUUCUUUGGGGUGACGGUCAAGCAGGAGUCCGUGUCUUCCAGCUGCCCUCUGUCCUCUCCCAAGCAGCUGAAGAACCCUCCGGACACCUGCAUGGAGAGCAUGGGACACUGCAACAGCUCCAUCACAACCAUGGGGGGUCCCGCCGGUCCACAGUGCAUGGAGACGGGCCACUCCUCAGGCAGCCCCUCCACCAUGUCUGCCUUCCUCAGUCCACAGUGCUCCCCGCAAGAUUCCCCCAUCAGAAAACCGUCCAGCGGCUCGCAGCCCUCGUCACCUAACAACUCCUACCUGCUGACGCCGUCGAUGGGGCGAGACGGCUGCGGUCACCCGCAAAGCCAAAGCAGCAACAGAGCACGCAACAUGCAGAUGCAGCAGAGGGCCGCUGCUCAGCAGGUGAACUGCUCCUUCUCCUCGGACCAAAGGAGCCUUCAGGUGGUCUUUCCUGAUUCCGCUGACUGCGGUCUUAACCCCAACUGCUCCACAAAGCCCGACAGCUUGCAACCAAAGAUGUCAAUAUUGCCGUCUCCUAGGCAUCUUGGCCAAAAAUGCCAGGUCUCUCCCCCUGCCUUCAGUAGCUCAGAUUCAGAUGACUUAAGACAGCCCCCAUGCUAUGAGGAUGCAGUCAAGCAGCAACUGACCCGCAGCCAGCAGAUGGACGAGCUGUUAGAUGUCCUCAUAGAGAGUGGAGGGUGUCCCGGCGUGCUCAUCCCGAGGUUCCACUGGCACUAUGACCACCACUCUCCCGUCCAGCUCCCUUACGACCACGCAGCCAACCACAACACUGAGAGCCACCUGCAGACGCUGCUUGGCAAUUCCGUCGGUCGGGCAGGAGACAUGAGCAAAAUGAUGGAAGGUGACCGAAGCCAGGAAGAUGAAAGGAACAGAGAUGCUGACGGUUACAGCCCCCAAAACCACCACUGCCACUCUCAUCAUUUGCAUCAGGACAAACUUCUGACAAACAGAGAUGUGAUGGACACCCCUCUGUCUCCUCUUGGCAACAAGAUGUCCUCCAUCCCUGAGGUCCAAGGGAUGGUCAGCAUGACCUUCAGUGAGACGCCGUGGGAGACUAUGGAGUGGCUGGACCUGACACCACCCAACUCCGCCAACGCCUUCAACGUGGCUCAGCCCAACGUGCCCAGCAUUUUCAACACAGAGUUCCUGGAUGUUACAGACAUUAACUUGAACUCUGCCAUGGACCUUCAUCUGGAGCACUGGUGAAAGAAGGAAAACACUGUCAUCACACGUCUGGUGGCCAAAAGCAGCUACAACCAUCCCUUAGAACUAUCCAAUUUCACCCAGCAAAACUUCACUGACAUCUAAAGGGUCAUAGCCAUCAGAAUGUGUACUCGAGAAGAGAAUUUUGACUUUUAUUGACAUAUUUCUACGCUCUUGUCAUAUUCUCCAACCAAUGGACGACAAUGAGCAAAGCUGACAAUGAUGGUGCCUUAACGUUUUCUACACGAUCAGUAUUACACCGUUUAGACUUGAAGACACAUUUGGACCAUUUGUUUUUCUGAGUGUUACUGGAAAAAAAAAACUCCCUUAAUGGUAAAAUGAUUGUUGGAAUUGGACUGCCAAUGAUGGCCACAGUGUAAAUACCACAACCAAACGCAUCAACAGACGAAAUGAAAUCUAUACACUUUAGUGGUGUGGGAGAGCACAAGAACCAUCAAUCUGGUGUUUUAAGAAAUGUGUAAAUAUAAAAAAACAGUGUAUUGUGCACUUUGGCUUUAUACUCCUUCACAGUUUGCUUGACUUUAGACUAUGUGUAUAGAAAUGGUUUUUAAGCUUUUGAAGAAUAUUUACAAACUGAUUUUCACAUUUUUUAUGUCGCUGGUAAACAUUAAGGAAAGAAAGUGACACUUCUAAGAGAUAAUUGGUCUUAUGAAUUUUAACUGUUGUUAAGCUGAGCCUCAUUUGCUGAGUCCCUUUAUAUGUUUAUUUCUCUUUAUGUAACUAAAAAGCUGACAGGCACGACUAUGAAAAGAUGGCAAUUAAAAAAAAAAAAAAGCUGCAAACAAAUUUCGAAACUUCGGAUUUUUCCAUGAAAGCAUUUUUACUGUUUAGUUAUAGCUUGUCCAGUCACAUUCACCAGAUAGAAGACCAGUCCUGGACUGUUUGACCAGAUGUUGAUGGGGAUCCUGUUUCUGACAUUCCUUUUGACUGCCGUUCUUUUUCAAGACCAACAUAACUAGUUUUUAGUAUUUUUACCUGAAAAAAUAAAAAGAUUCCUUUUUUUUUAAUUCCACUGUAAGCACUUGUAUUCUGAGAAGGAGAGUUUCAAUCAGACUAAAUCUAAUCAUAUUCAAAAAGCCCAAUCUAUUAAUAAUAUCUCAGAAACUAGAAAAGUUGGCUUUUUAAAAAAAAGAUAAAAAUGCUAUUUCAUGUUAAAAGACUGACUAAACUCUUACUUAUGUGCAUUUUCAGCUGAGUUUUUAACCGAGUCUAACAGCCUAUAAGCCUGUUCAACAGAAAGUGCUAGAAAGACAAUCCCUCUCCAGCACUAUCAGUUCAAUUAUUUAUGGACAUUUUACCUUUUUCAAGGAAGAUUUUCAGAAGUCCAGAUGCAAAAACGUCCCACUUUCCUCCAGGACCACCAGUCUGGUCUUUUCACCCUUGUGCUAUCCUUGUAUGUUGACGUUGGGGGUGGGGUCAUCUGGACCCCACCAGACAGCAUCCUAAACUUUUAUGUUUUACAAUGAUUUUUGAUUUUCUGUGGCAGACAUGAAUUGCUGUCCACCAUGGAGUGGAUAACAUGUAAGGCUUGGGUCAUCUGGACCCCAUAAGAUAGCACAAAGGAUAAAAGCAACUUCUAGAGACUAGACGGAUGUUAAUCGAUAACCUUCCUCCAGUCUGUUCCUGCAGCUUCGCACUGCAAAUACCUGAAAUGUGAAUAAAAGUGACCAAAAACCUACUUCUGAAGGUCAGCUUGGCUAAUUCAUCCAAUCCAAAUUAUUGAGGAAAAGUAGUAGGCUGGAUGGCUGUUCUGGUUCAGACAUUCUGUAUAGGUUACAUUUCUAUAUUUGUUAGGAUUUGUGGCCGUAAACGAAUUAUAUUUGCGUGUUAGCAUGGCUUCUACAAGGACUAGGAAGGAGAAGCUUUAAGAAUGUAAUAUAUUUAUAUUCCUGGUGCUUAAAUUUCACAUUUUUACCCGUUUGUCAUUUCCAGAACAUAGAAGAUGUUGAUUUUGGUUCAAUACAUUUUGGUUCAAUACUGCCACUCUUUCUAGACCAAAGACAAGCUUUCAACCAUUUGGCUCUUGAUCCAAACGUUUAAAGACAAUCUGUAGAAAUCAAGUUUUUUAAAGAAUAAAGGAGAUGAGCCGUUGUAGAAGACAUUACCUUCCAUUUUUUGUUUUUCUGUAAUGGAAAUUAAUCUGAAUACUGGUGACCAAAGCAGCUUCUACGCAGCAAAAACCUGCAUCGACUCAAACUGAAGUUUAUGAGAGAACGAGUGGUACUAAUUCAGACAUUUUUGCUCGCUUCAAGUUGUCUCUAAAUAUUCUUUCCUUAUAUUUCUAUUUAUAAAAGUAGAAAAUGCAGCUGGUCGUGGUAUAAAGUUCUGAUUUAUUUUUUUAGAUAUUCCCUGAAUAACAUUUGAUUUCUCUAAAAACACAUUCAAAUGCUGUUUUGUGUAGACCAUAUAUUGCUUUUUUUAAAAUAUGAUUUAUAUGGUUUGAUGUCAAAGUUCAUAUUUUACUACUUGUCUUAUUGUGUAAAAUGUUUUUCUGCCUUUUGAGUAAACCAUUUAUUUCCUUCAAGGAAAGAGAUUUGACAGAAGCUUCCAUGUGGCUUUGCCACGUUUUUUGCUUUGCUUUUUUAAAAAAACUGCAUUUUUUUCUGCAUCCCUGUAUGUGACCCAAAGAUGAGCAAUAAAUCCAUCACAGCUAAACCAUCA